GCAACGAUGCCGCAACCCGCCGGUGUAGUAGCAGAAAUGAUGCGCACGGUCGUCUACUGCGCGAGCCUCGUGACCGUGACCGUGCUGGUCUGCCGACGGGACCUCGUGCCCGAGGGCCUGCGGGGCAAGCUGCCCGACUCCCUGGAGCCGUACGAGCCCGCGACCGAGCGGACGCGGCAGCUCUUCAUCUUGGCGCUCAUCGGCGGCGCGGCGUUCUUCAUGCGCUUCAAGGGCGGAUGGAUGCACCAGGACGGCGGACGGUCGACAUCGUGA